UUGACGUGUCACAGAAAAUAAUAGUAUCAUCAGCAAACAAUAGAUGAGAGAUAUGCAAACCUCCUCUUGCAUUGGGGCUUGCCUGAAACCCCCUAAGAAAGUCACCCUCUUCUGUCCUCCUCAAUAACCUGCUCAACACUUCCAUCACCAACAAGAACAAAAGAGGAGAUAAAGGAUCUCCUUGACGAAGACCACGAGAGCUACCAAAAAAGCCAGCCGGGGACCCAUUAAUAAGCACUGAGAAACGAACUGAAGUGAUACAAGCCUUCAUCCACCUCCCCCAUUUCUCCCCAAAACCCAUCCUCUCCAUUAUGUAAAACAAAGCAUUCCAAUUUACAUGAUCAUAAGCCUUCUCUAUAUCCAACUUAAUGAUCACACCCGGAACACCACUCUUCAAUCUACUAUCCAAACAUUCAUUUGCUAUAAGAACAGAAUCCAGAAUCUGUCUUCCCCCUACAAAUGCAUUCUGGGAGUUGGAAAUAAGUUUGUCCAAAACUCUUCGAAGCCUAGACGCCAAAACUUUAGACAGAAGUUUGUACAAACUUCCCACAAGGCUAAUGGGCCGAAAAUCUUUAAUAUUGACAGCUUUAAACUUCUUAGGUAUCAAACAAAGAAAAGUAGCAUUCAAAGAUUUUUCAAAGUUGCAUUGGCUAUGAAAGUCUGCAAAAAAAGCCAUAACAUCCUCUUCUAUCACACCCCAACACUUUUGGAAGAAAGCUAUGGUAAAGCCAUCAGGACCAGGAGCCUUAUCACCCUCGGCCUCCUGAAGAGCAGCAAUGAUCUCCUCCCUAUCAAACUCCCUUUCAAGAGAAAGCCUAUCAAACUCAUUCAAGCUAGCAAAAUCUAACCCAUCAACAGUGGGUCUCCAAUCCUCAGGUUCCUGAUAAAGACUCUUAUAAAACCCCACCACCUGAUCCUGAAUAUCUGAGUCAUCUUCAUACAUAAUGCCAUCAACCUCCACACCCCUCAUGGUAUUGGCUCGUCUAUGUGAAUUAGCAAGCCUGUGGAAAAACCUAGUGUUAUUGUCCCCCUCCUUUAAGAACAAAGCCCUUGAUUUUUGCCUCCAAGAAAUCUCCUCCAAAGAAGCUAAAGAUUCGAUCUCCGCCUUAAUCUCACUUUUUCUUGCUUUAUCUGCCAUAGUCAGCACUUGCAUUCCUUCUCUCAAAUCCAGAUUCAACAGCUCAAACAACAAACAUUUUUUUCUAAAAUGCACAUCCCCAAAAAUAUUUUUAUUCCAAUGCUUCAAGUCUUUUUUAAGAGCCUUGAAUUUACAGGCGAGAACGUAACUAGGGGAUCCCACAAAAUGAUAACUGUUCCACCAGCCCCUAACUCGAUCCACAAAACCCUCCACUUUUAGCCACAUAUUCUCAAAUUUAAAGGGACUUUUCCCCCUCACCAAGCCUCCUGCCUCCACCAGAAUAGGACAAUGAUCGGAAACCACCCGAGGAAGAGGCCUUUGAAUUACAUCCAAGAAGUGUUCCUCCCAAUCAGCUGAAACCAAAACUCUAUCUAUGCGAGACAUAGCAGGGUUCGCUGAAUCUCUAAACCACGUAUACUCACCCCCAACCAAAGGAAGAUCAACCAAAAAAUUCCUCUCAAUAAAGUCCGUAAAAUUGAACAUGGCUGGACUAAACGAAUUACACCCAAGACGCUCUGCCGGGUAUCUAAUAAUAUUGAAAUCACCUAAAACACACCACGCUGAACUCCACCUCACUCUCACACUAUCAAGUUCUGCCCAAAAAGCAUCCCUCAAUUUGGGACUAUUGUGAGACAUUGAAGGCUACAAAUGUGGGUACCACUACAUUGAUGUUGGUGGAUAGGCCUACUCUUGAUGUGGCAGGUACAUUUCAAAGGUUAUACAUUUGUCUCCAAGCUACAAAGGAAAGGUUCAAGGCUGGAUGUAGACCCUUAAUUGGGCUAGAUGGAUGUUUCUUGAAGGGCGACCAAAAAGGCCAAAUCUUAAGUGCUGUGGGAAGAGAUGCCAAUGAUAACAUGUACCCCAUUGCUAUGGCUAUUGUAGAAACUGAGAGCAAGGACGGUCUUGGUUCCUUGAUUGCUUAUUGAAGGAUCUUGGCCCAGUUGAACAACAUGGAUGGGCAUUUAUUUCAGAUAGACAAAAGGUAUGGGCAAUUUUCAUUAUUUUCAUUUAUUAAAUUUGACCUUUAUAUAUUUUGUUAUUUUUAUUAAAGUAUUUUUCUUUUGUAUGUAGGGCUUGAUCCAAAGCUUUGACGUGGUAUGUCCUAUGGCAGAUCAUAGGUCAUGUGUGAGGCAUUUGUAUGCCAAUUAUAGAGAUAAAGGCCACAAGGGGAAAGCACUUAAGGACAAGUUGUCGGCUGCAGCUACAGCAUAUACAGAGCAUGAGUUUCUUUGAAAAAAUGGGUGAGCUUAAGACAUUGUGCCCAAAAACUUAUGAGUAUUUGGAUAAUGUAGAUCCAUCCAUGUGGUCUAGGUCAUAUUUCACAGACUAUUCAAAGAGUGACCUGCUUGUGAAUAAUCUGUCAGAGAGUUUCAACUCAUACAUUUUAGAUGCUAGGGACAAGCUUAUAGUAACCAUGAUUGAAAAGAUUAGGAGAAAGCUGAUGAGGAGGUUCCAAUUGAAGAGGGAAGGGAUGUCUAAAUUGACAGUGAAAAUAUGUCCCAAUGCCCCAAAAUUCAAGGGAAGUUGGACAAUGAAGGUUAGAAGACUUUUGAUUGUGUGUCAAAGUGUGUUGGAAUUGGUUUAUUUGAGGUUGAGUGCAAACAUCAAAGGUUUGUUGUGAACUUGAGUAAGAGGACAUGUGGUUGUAGGAAGUGAGAUCUUACUAGCAUCCCAUGUCAACAUGCCAUAUCUGCCAUACUAUUUGAUGGAAGUGUACCUAAAGAUUAUGUGCAUCCUUAUUACACAAUUGAGACAUACAUGAAGGCAUAUGAACCAAUAAUUUACCCUGUGGCUAGCAUGGAACAGUGGAGAAGGACAUCAAUAGAUCCUUUGGAACCACCCAAGGAUAAGAUACAACGUGGUAGACCCAAGAUAAAGAGAAAGAGGCAUCCUUCAGAACCCAAAAACCCAUAUAAGCUAAGCAAGGCUGGUACAAUCAUCAAGUGCUUUGAGCGUAAGAAGGUGGGACAUAAUAGCAGAACAUGUCCAUCCAAAAAAGACAAGGGUACAGUGUCUACCAAUGCUAAGAAGACACCUACAACAAACAAGAAGCGAGCAGCUGGAGGUGCAAGGGCUACUGCUGCAAGUGCUGUAGAUUCAAGGGCUAAAGGUGUAAAGACUAUUGCUGUUAAGUGCUGUAAAUUCAAGGGCUGGAGGUUCAAAGGCUGUUGUUGCAAGUUCCACCAAUGUAAGAACUUCAACGGCACCAUUAACAAUAUAUGGUGGUGGUGCUAAUAGUGAGUGUGUGGUGGUGCCAACUUUGGAAAAAGCCAUUCAAAGGAUGCAGGCUUAGAAGAAGAAAAACCUUGGGUUUGAGAAAAUAUAAUUAGUUUGUGCUGGGUUGUGCAAGCUUUUUGUAUUAGGCAUUAACAACAUGUAAUCCUUACAUUUGGUUUUUUUUUUCUUUUUUUUCAUUGUCAAUUUGUGAACAAUGAUUUUUACUAGGCAUUAACAAUUUUAUGUUCUACAUAAUCCAUACAUUUGGAUUUUUUUUUUGUGUCAUUGUCAUCUGUGAACAAUGAGUAAAGCUAUUAAUGUCAAAGCACUUUAUUUUGUGUCAUCAUCAUGUGGAACUCAUAUAAUGUAGCAUCAUGGUGGUUUAGUACCAGGUACCCUGUGAGUUCAAAAAUAUUUUGCUUUCUAGCAAUGAUUUGCAAGGUAUUUUUACACUUGUUAAGGCCAUGUUAUUGUAUCAUACAAUUUAGCAAUUUGUGACAAGUGGUAAAUUCUCAGAUAUUUGAUUUGCAAUUUGUGGAAUUCAAAGCAUUUCUGUGAUGUGAUCCGUAUGUGAUAUGUCUUCUCUUAGCUGGUCAAGUAAAUGUCUAAAACCAUGUUAAAGAAUGCCAUGGAUAGGUAAAACUUAGCUGAUAGAGGACUUAUGGGGACAUAAUGCCAUAACAAUCUCUUAACCUUUUUAUUUUAAUUUAAUUAAA